AUGCCGCCGCCGCCGCCCUUCCCAUCCCCUCUGCCGUUGACGCCUCCGUCCUCACGUCCGGCGUGGAACACAAACCGCAACCUUGUGGUGACCCACCCUCUGCUGUCCCUCCUCGAGUCCUGCGCCUCCUUCCGCCGCCUCUUCCAGCUUCAGGCCCUGCUCACCGUCUCCGGCCUCGCCGCGCACCGCUUCCCGGCCUCCCGCCUUCUUGCCUUCUGCGCGCUCUCCGACCCGCCGCGCCUCGCCCACGCCGCCGCAGUCCUCGCCCAAUGCGCCGAGGGGCCCAACGCCUACAUGCUCGCCACCAUGAUGCGCGGCUUCCUCCGCGCCGGAAAGCUCGCCCACGCGCUCGCCCUCUUCCGCCGAGUGCUCCGCGAUCGCCUCCCCGCUGACGCGCGCACCAUCGUUUUCGCCGUUAAAGCCGCCGCCACUUCCUCCUCCCCCGCCGAGGCCAUCCACUGCGUCGCCUUCAAGCGAGGAUUCAUUGGCCAGAGCGUGCUCGCGGGGAACGCGCUGGUGCACAUGUACGCCAGCAGCAUGUUAUUACCCGACGCUCGGAGGCUGUUCGACGAAAUGGCUGAUACGGACGUGGUCUCGUGGACAACGCUGGUGGAUGGGUUAGCGCGCGGUGGCUUGCCCGAUGAGGCCUGGCGGGUAUUUAGCAGGAUGGUGGUUGCUGGAGGUGUGAGGCCGAACGAGGUGACUCUGAUCGCUGCAGCCUCAGCAGCUGGGCAAAUGGGGCUACUGGGAUUGGGGAGGAUGGUGUAUCAGUGUGUCGUGGAGAGUGGCGUCCGCAUUAGCGUUAACUUGGAGAAUGCACUCGUUGAUAUGUUUGGGAAGUGUGGGUGUGUGGCCUCAGCGAAGGAAGUUUUUGAUGGGAUGGCCAUCAAGGAUGUGUACUCUUGGACGAGCAUAGUCAGUGCCUAUGCCAAGUGUGGUGAUUUGGAGAAUGCAGGGAAGCUUUUCAAGGAAAUUCCUAAUAGGAAUGCAGUUUCUUGGAGUUGCAUGAUCGCAGCUUAUUCACAGGCAAAUCUGCCAGAGGAAGCCGUGAGGAUAUUCAAUGACAUGAUUGCAGCAGGUGUGGAGCCGAUUGAUGCUACACUUGUCAGUGUUCUGUCAGCAUGUGCUCAGCUGGGUUGCUUGGAUGUUGGUAGAUGGUUAUAUGACACUUACAUUGUCAGUCAUAAGGUUGAGCUUACAGUGAAUCUAAGCAAUGCAUUCAUUGAUAUGUUUGCGAAAUGUGGAGAUGUGGGUGCAGCAUCAAGGUUAUUUAGCAAUAUGGAGGACAAGAAUGUAGUAAGUUGGAACACAAUGAUCGUGGCCCAUGCUUUGCAUGGUCAGUCUGAAGAAGCCCUUCAUCUAUUUCAAGAAUUCAAAGGAUUAGGUAUUUUGCCUGAUGAGAUCACAUAUAUUGGGGUACUUUCUGCAUGCAGUCAGAGUGGUUUAGUUUCAGAAGGACGGUGCCAUUUCAAAGAGACGAAGAUAGUUUAUGGGAUUGAACCCAGGGCCGAACAUUAUGCAUGCAUGAUUGACCUUUUGGGUAAAGUUGGGCUUCUUGAAGAGGCGUUUGAAGUUGCAAGGAGUAUGCCAGUAGGAGCUGACGAGGCCGGUUGGGGUGCUCUUUUGAACGCUUGCAGAAUGCAUGGUAAUGUAGAGAUUGGCGAAUGUGCAGUGGAUAAGCUAGUAGGGCUGGAUCCUUCAGACAGUGGAAUCUAUGUACUCAUGAGCCAAAUAUAUGCAAGUAAAAGCAAACGGGGCCAGGUGAAGAUGCUAAGAACGGUGAUGAGAGAUAGAGGAGUAAAGAAGAAUCCUGGAUGUAGUUCUAUCGAAGUGGAUGGGAAAUUUCAUGAGUUUUUGGUGGCAGAUGUUUCACAUGUCAACUCAGAAGAUAUAUAUGCUGCACUGGAGAAUAUUUACCUUCACUCAAAGUUAGAAGGUUAUAUUUCUCAUGCUUCAUGUGUCUGCUGA